AUGUCUUCCAAACGCCUCUCCAACAACUCCAAGGGAUGCCUGUAUAUUCCCGCCUCGAACCGCAGUGUAAGAAACACGAAAUGGACAAUUCGCUGGAACCGCCCCAAAGAGAGCAAUCUCAAAGUCAGACUUCGUGGAAGAGCCGAAGACCCCAAUCCCGCCAGUGAACCGGAUAUAUCCGAGGCCUCAGCAAAAUCUAGCUCCGACCAAACCCCCAUCAUCACCAGAGUUCAAAGGAUAGAUUCCGUUCACAGUACCACGGAAGCAACAGAAGGUGACAUAGAGGGGGAGCUUCAGAUGGAAAGCUCACAGCCAUCGUCACCUGCUGAUGUUCUGAAUGUUGAGGGUGGGGAAGAUGAUGAGGAAGAGGAUGGGGAAGAGAGUGAGGAAGAGGGUGACGGUGGCGCGGGCCAUGGCGGCGAUGGUCACGCUACAUCCAGGUCUUUUGGGACCCAGCCAAAGUGGAUGCCGAUAGCACAACAGUCCCGUCGUCAGCCGCAGCUUACCUACGCCGAGAAGACCUCUCUCCAGCCCCGUCCGAGGGAGUCCGCAUCUCCUAGUCUACCUGAAGACGAUCCAGAGCCCCGUUCCGCAGGUGAUGACGACUUUCGUCUACGCAAGCCGCAGUGGAUGUACUUGGCGGAAAAGAAGGCUCGGCAAUUGAGGAUUGCGAAGGAGAGAUGUGAUAAGGAGAAAAGGCUGCGGAUCUGGUGGUGGUGUGGCAGUAGCCACGAUGAUAUUGAUGACUUAAUGGUGGUACCUGGUUAA